CGGCUCUGCUGGCUCCGGCUCGCCCGCAGGUCGGCGCGCGCGCGCCCCGCCGGAGCCGCAGGGCACCCGGGCUGCGCGCUCCACGGCCGCCCGCCGGGUAGCGGCAUUCCCGUGUGUCCGCUCGGAGAUGGAGAGCGGGCGAAGUUGACCGGCAACACCCCCCCACCCCCGACCUCCACCUCCCGUCCUCCGCACCUCUGCGCCCCGCGCUCGCCGCGCCCCUCCUGCUCCAAGGGGUUGCCGCCCGCGGUGUGUCGCGCGUGCUUGUUCGCCAGCGGAGCCGCCCCGGGGAGAAGACGCGGAGGGGUGCUCCUUGCCCCGGGGAGACCUGCAGCCCAGCUCCGGGGGUGGGGCGGCCUGCAGGCGCCCGAGCCGGCCCCGCAGCUGCUGACGCGGGGCGCGGGCGAAGUUUGCCCAACGGGCGGCGCGGCGCGGGGUCCCUGGACGGCCGGCUGCGCGGCGAUCGCGGCGGCCGGAGCGAUGCCGGCGGGGGGCCUGUUGCCGCUCUUCAGCAGCCCCGCGGGCGGCGGCCUGGGCGGGGGGCUCGGCGGCGGCCUCGGCGGCGGCGGCGGCAGGAAGGGGUCGGGCCCCGCCGCCUUCCGCCUGACGGAGAAGUUCGUGCUGCUGCUGGUGUUCAGCGCCUUCAUCACGCUCUGCUUCGGGGCGAUCUUCUUCCUGCCCGACUCGUCCAAGCUGCUCAGCGGGGUCCUGUUCCACUCCAGCCCCGCCCUGCAGCCGCCCGCUGACCACAGACCCGGGGAGCUGGCCGUCGCCCCGGACGACAGUUUAGCCAGGAUCCGCGAGAACCACGAGCAGGCGCUCCGGGAAGCGAAGGAGACCCUGCAGAAGCCGCCCGAGGAGAUCCAAAGGGACAUCCUGCUGGAGAAGGAGAAGGUGGCCCAGGACCAGCAGCGGAAGGAGGAUGUGUUCAAGAGGCUGCCCGCGGUGGACUUCGUGCCCCCCAUCGGGGCGGUGGGCCGGCAGCCGGCGGACGCCGACAUCUCCGAGAAGAGGGCAAAGAUCAAAGAGAUGAUGAAACAUGCUUGGUAUAACUAUAAACAUUAUGCCUGGGGAUUAAAUGAACUGAAACCUUUAUCAAAAGGAGGCCAUUCAAGCAGUUUGUUUGGUAAUAUCAAAGGAGCGACAAUAGUUGAUGCACUGGAUACACUUUUUAUCAUGGAAAUGAAAGAUGAAUUUGAAGAAGCAAAAGCAUGGGUUGAAGAAUAUCUCAAUUUUAAUGUGAAUGCUGAAAUUUCUGUUUUUGAAGUAAAUAUACGCUUUGUUGGUGGGCUUCUCUCAGCUUACUAUUUGUCUGGAGAAGAGGUAUUUCGAAGGAAAGCAGUGGAACUUGGAGUAAAAUUGCUACCUGCGUUUCAAACUCCCUCUGGAAUCCCCUGGGCAUUGCUGAAUUUAAAAAGUGGGAUUGGAAGAAACUGGCCCUGGGCUUCAGGAGGUAGUAGUAUUUUGGCAGAAUUUGGAACACUACAUCUGGAGUUUAUGCACUUGAGCCACUUAUCAGGAAACCCUGUCUUUGCUGAAAAGGUAAUGAAUAUUCGAAAAGUACUGAACAGUCUGGAAAAACCAGAAGGCCUUUAUCCUAACUAUCUGAACCCCAGUAGUGGACAGUGGGGUCAAUAUCAUGUGUCUGUUGGAGGACUUGGCGACAGCUUUUAUGAAUAUUUGCUAAAGGCAUGGUUAAUGUCUGACAAAACAGAUCUAGAAGCUAAGAAGAUGUAUUUUGAUGCUGUUAAGGCAAUUGAGACUCACUUGAUCCGCAAGUCUAGCACAGGACUGACUUAUAUCGCAGAGUGGAAAGGGGGCCUCCUGGAACACAAGAUGGGCCACCUGACCUGCUUUGCAGGAGGCAUGUUUGCUCUCGGAGCAGAUGAUGCUCCCAAAGACCUUACCCAACACUACCUUCAGCUCGGGGCUGAAAUCGCCCGUACCUGUCAUGAGUCUUAUAAUCGCACGGUAAUGAAACUGGGACCAGAAGCUUUCAGAUUCGAUGGUGGUGUUGAAGCCAUUGCCACAAGACAAAAUGAAAAGUACUACAUCCUACGUCCAGAGGUGAUUGAGACUUACAUGUACAUGUGGCGACUGACUCAUGAUCCAAAGUACAGGAAAUGGGCCUGGGAAGCUGUAGAGGCCCUGGAAAGUCACUGCAAAGUGAGCGGAGGCUAUUCAGGCCUAAGGGAUGUUUACCUCAAACACGAGAGUUAUGAUGAUGUUCAGCAGAGUUUCUUCUUGGCAGAAACACUAAAAUAUUUGUACUUAAUAUUUUCGGAUGAUGACCUUCUUCCAUUGGAACAUUGGAUCUUCAAUACCGAGGCACAUCUUCUCCCUAUACUUUCUGCAAAUAAAAAAGAAGUUGAAAUCAAUAAAAAAUAAAGACAUUUUAUAUUUUGCUCCAUUUCCUUCACUGCAUACCUUAAUGAUUCCUUUUCUGGUAUUUGGGCACAUGAUGAAUUUUUAUUGAUACAUCUGUGAUGAUUCUACGUUCUAAAAUUGUUUUGCAGUCUUUUAUGUUUAUUAUCAUAGGCAUAGAUGGGCCUAAGUUCCUUAUGGUAGCCUUUAUUAUUCAGUCAGUGGAGCAUAGGUUUUUGGCUUUUUUUUCCUCUAAACUAUUAUCUUUGAAGUUCAUGAAGGAGUAUUAUCAUUUUUAUUAAACUCAGUAGAAUGGUAUACCAAUGACCUCUUAAUUGCCAAUAUGAUUUGACUGCAAAACUUUUUCCUCCUCUAUGAGGAGAUGAUGUCUGCUUUAAGCUGUAAUGUUUUGCCAUGUUGCAAAAAGCCAUAAUAAUAAAUUAAAUAUUAAAAAAGCUUUUCCCUUUCCAAUUUCAUGUUAAUCUGGUUUGUCUAUCCACCAGAGACAGAUCAUAUAACUGUGACAGCCUCCUUAUGCGGGUCUAUCAUUAUUUGAUAGAAUGUCUUUACUCACAUCGUAAAUCAAAUUAGAAUGUCAUCCCAAAAGGAUCAUCUUAUGUUGACCUCAUUUCAUUGGAAUGUCAGUAUAUUUUUGUUAGCUAAUUAUAUUAGUAUUUUAUAAUUUGAGAAUUAGUCCUCAAAUUUUAUUUUAAAUGCCUUGUGUCAUUUCUGGAUCAUGUACUGGUAAAUUUCUUUCACCCUCAACCAUACAGUGAGGUGAUCUUCCAAGUUUUACAGAGCUCUGCUAUUACCAAAUUACAAAGGUAGUAUAACUUUUAGUAUAUUUUUCUUUUCGCUUUUAACUGAAUCUAUGAAGAAAUUGGAUCUCUCUAAAGAGAGUAUUUCAUAAGGCUUUUAGUUUUCACUUCAUCUUUUGUUUCCUUGAGGUAAAAAUGAAUUUGCAUUUGGGUCUGAUUUUUCAGAUUUGAAAAACACCUUUUUUCAAAAGUAGUAAAUUGUUUCACUUCAGUUUUUAAAAGUAGGAUUUAUCUCUGAAAGCUGUGCCAUUGUGUCUAUUCAAAAUCAAUUGGGGGAAAUUGAAUAAACUUUUAAGCCAAAUUAAAAUACAGUAUUAUCUGAUUAAAUUCAACAUAGCUUGUGAAAAAUAUAUAGAAAUACACAAUCCUAGUAUACAUUGGGAUCUCAGAAUCCCAAGCACUGUAGCACUGUAG